UUCAUGCGCUCCCUCCCUCCCUCCUCCUCCAUCCCUCCCGGCCGACGUCAGCGGUGCUGCAGCAACAGAGUCCCCGCCUGCUCUCCACAUCCCCUCCACCGUUCAUUGACCAUUUCUGGAUCAGAAUUCUCACAGCGCUCACCACCAUCGCUCACCUGGCGUCCAUUCCCCCUGCAGCAGCCGCCGCCGCCUCAUCCGAUGUCGCCCAGUGCCCUGUGCUCGUAAGGAAGGAGGAAGGCUGCUCUGAAUUCAUUCAAGGCUGCUGGGCAUGGAAACAACCCUCCGUCCUGAAAUAGAAGUGAUUUCGUCUUGACAUGCAUCAGCUGUGGGCAUUAUACAGCUGUCACAAGAGGACCUGCCAUACUGUCUGAUUAGGAACAAGACAGAGAAGAGGCACUUCCUUCCUUAAGUAACAAUGAAAUCCAAAGUGAACAGGUAGUACGUCAUGAGCCUGCACCAGCGGGGGGAGCACCGCGCACGCCCUGGGAUGUGACGCGGCGGCAGCGGCCGCCCCCCUGACGGUGCCCGGCGCUCGUCCGCUGCGGCGUCGCCCCCGGGAGCGGGCGACCGCGCAGCCUCUCGGUCGGCAUGAAGAGCCUGGCCAACACGCGCGGCAUCAUGCAGCUGGGCCCGGCUGCGGCCACCAACACCUUCCUGCACCAUGACUGCCGCGUGCACCACGACCAUGUGCACCAGCAGCCUUCGCACUGCUGCCAGGAGGGCAUGCACGGGCCCUGCCUCGUGGGCCCCGUGGACCUGUGCCAAGGAGGAGACCCGCACCGCUCCGGCUACGCCCCCAGGAACUCCAUCCACUCAGAAUGCCAGCUCGUGCCGACGACAUCCCUCCCCGAGCCCCUUUCCAGCAGCACGUUCCCUCGCAUGCACUGCCCGCCCUCCUACUACGAGGGCCCCGAGGAGUGCGUGCCCUUCGGGCCCCCGCCCGGGCGCGUGAACCGCAUCCCUCCGGGGCUCAUCGAUCAGUUUGAGCGGCAGCUUCCGCUGCACCGCGACGGCUUCCUCACGCUGCAGUACCAGCGCACCAUGACGGAGCAUCGAAGCGACAGCCCCGGCAAAAUCCGUCACCUGGUCCAUUCCGUCCAGAAGCUCUUCACCAAGUCGCACUCCUUGGAGGGAGCCGCCGCCAAGAGCAAGCUGCACGGCACCGGCUCCAUAGUGAAGCACCACCACCACCAGAACGACCAGGCACACCACGGCAGGCACCAUGGCAAACGGAGCAAGAGCCGCGACCGCGGUAAGCCGCGCGCCCCACAGGCCGGCUGGUGGAGCUCCGACGACAACCUGGACAGCGAGAGCCUGUGCCAUGGCCCCGUCGUGCCCGCGCGCUACGCUGAGUUCCCACCACCGCCGCCACGCUACCAGCUCGAGUCGUCGCACUCGCUGCCCGAGCAGGCCCUCAAGGCCUCCAAGAGCAACGAGGACAUCGUAAAGUGCCCGACCUGUGUGAGCCUGCAAGCCGUUCCCGAGGGCCACUUCGUGAAGCACAGCUCCUGGUCCUCGCUCACCGUGAGCCAAGCGCGAGAAGUCUACAGCAAGGCGGCGAUCAACGUGGAUAAAAUGAGGGAACGGCCCCCCACGUUUAAGCCCGAGGUGCCCCGCAAACCUCCAGAACUGGCGUGGCGAGUGUCGGAGCCCCCUCCUCGGCGGCUGCCCCCUCCGGAGCUCCCCUGGAAGCCGCAUCCUGAGAUGAGCAGGAAGGUCACCAUCGACAAGUCACCCCACUACCUCCAGGUGCCCAAGGAGGAAUGGAACGUCGGGAAGGAGGACGAGAUCCCUUGCAGACGCAUGCGGAGCGGCAGCUACAUCAAGGCGAUGGGCGACGAGGACAGCGGCGGGGAGUCGGACAGCCCCAAGGUGUCCCCCAAAGGGGCCUCGCGGCGGGAGAGCUACCUCAAGGCCACCGGGCAGCGCACCAUGAGCGAGCACGCCGCCGACAGGUACCGGUCGCGUAACGAGAGCUACCUGCGAGCAGUGAGCACCGUGAGUCAGGCCAGCUGCGUCAGCCAGUUUGAGACGGUGUGUGAAUCCGUGUUCAGUGAAAUGGAGUCUCAGGCAAUGGAGGCCCUGGACCUGCCUGGCUGCUUCCGCUCGCGCUCACACAGCUACCUGCGAGCCAUCCAAGAGGGAUACGCCGACGGCAGCGACGGCGUCUCCAUUCGCUCCGGGUCACCGCCGCCGCCAAUGACCGCCAUCUCGACCAUCAGAGCCAGCGCCGGCGCGUGCUAUCAGCCGGCGCGGACCUCUCAACAGAUCUGUCACACCGCCGUGACGACUAUAACAACAUUUAAGAAGCCACCACCAAUCCCCCCACGUUCGGCCAAGCCGAUGAUCUCCGUCACGACGCAAAGCAGCACCGAGUCGGUCCAGGACGCUUACUUGGAGCCUGCCGGCGCCGGCAAGCGGCGCAACGGCGCAGCUGCCACGGCCUUGCAGCCGGUGCCCCGCCAGAGGGCCGGCACCCGCACCGACAGGGCGGGUCCCGGCGCCGGGCGGCCCUCGCCGCUGCAACGCACCGUGCUGCCGCGGGCUAACCAGGCCUCGCCGGGCGGGCCCGCCGGGGCGACGCCGUGCUCCGAGUGGGGCCAGCAGAACUACAGCAACUCCUCAGACAGCCUGGACAGCGCCAAGGCCCUGAGCGUCGCCAUGGAGGCGGCGGCCGCUCAAAAGCACGGCCCCGGCGAGCACUGGGAGAAGGAGCAGCCGGAAGUUACCCUGGUGGUGGCCGAGCCGCUGCCCGCUCGCUGUCUCUCCAUCGGAAUACAGGUGGACGGCCCGGAACAAGUACCAGAAGCAGAGAAGGAGACUAAGAUCUUGAGUCGCUUUCAAUCAAUUGGCAUUCAGGUGGAGGAGGAGCGACGCUUGGGCCGCCUGGGCCGCUCCAACAGCGUGUCGGCGAGUGUGCAGGCCGACCUGGAGCCGGAGGGCUACUACGCGGUGGACGAGGGCGGCGGCGGCGGCGGCAUCGCGCGCGACAAGGACGGCUCCUGCCGCGGGGGGCCGCUGCGGCGGCGCUCCUCGGAGACGGACGCGUUCAUGCGCUACGCUCGGCGUGCCGAGAUGCGCCGCCAGGAGAACGUGCAGAGCGACGACUCCCCACCCGAGUUCGACCCCUGGCGCCUGCCGGGGUGCCCCGGCGGCCGGCCGGGGGGAGCGCCGCCCCCGCCGCCCCCCGAGGUGCGCAUGUCGAGCGUGGGGGACUCGCGCAGUGCCGCCGCCGCCGCCAGCCGGGAGCCGCUUAUGCUGCUGCUGGCGGCGCCACGGGCCAGCGCAGGGCGCCGCGACGGCACCUGGUUCCUCAAGCUGCUGCAGGCCGAGCGUGAGCGCAUGGAGAGCUGGUGCCAGCAGAUGGAGAACGACGCCGAGGAGAACGACCUGCCCGAGGACAUCUUGGGGAAGAUCCGCAGUGCAGUGGGAAGUGCGCGACUGCUCAUGUGCCAAAAAUUCCAGCAAUUCCAGGGACUGUGCCAUGAGAACCUGAACCCUACAGCAGACCCACACCCCACGUCGCAAGACCUGGCCGGCUUCUGGGACAUGCUGCAGCUGGCCAUUGAGGACGUUGGCAUGAAGUUCGGGGAGCUACAGCAGCUGAAGGUCAACCAGUGGAAGGAAGCCGACGCGGAGGAAGUCCAGGAGGAGCAGCAGCUGCCGCCCCCCAUGUCGCGCAAGCCGAGCCGCGGGCGCUCCACCCUCUACCGCCAGAAGUCGGCCGAGGCGGCGGACCGGCAGCGCGUGGAGGCGCGCAAGCGGCUCCUGGCGGCCAAGAGGGCCGCAUCGAUGCGACAGAACUCGGCCACGGAGAGCGCCGACAGUAUCGAGAUCUACAUCCCUGAAGCACAGACUCGCCUCUGACUCGCGCGACGGAGCUCUCCCACUCCUCCUCUCCUUCCUCGAGUUGGGGUGGUGCUGCCGUUUUUGUAAUUGUAUAGAGGGGUGCGCCGUCGCGUCGUGUGUACACAGCCUCCUCCUUUAACACCGCCGCCGCGCGCGCACGCAGCGUGUACGGUACGUGGAACAACAACAAAAAACACUCCCCGUUACGUGACUGUGAUAUCUGGUGGUGGGGGGUGCGUAUGUCAGCCUAAAGCUAUAAGGGCUACUGCUGUGUGCACACGCAGUACAGCCUCGGCCAUUGAGUGUGCAUUUUAAAAAGAGGGGCUGUCGAUGAACGAUGCUGCCCAGCGGCCGCCCGUAGUAUCAAGCGUUGGUCCAGGAAAGUGACCCCCAGAGAUAUCUGGCGAGCGACAUUGGGGCUGGCGGCUGCUCGCUCGCAUCACCGGGCAAUUCCCGAGUCGUGCAUUCUCGUUACUUUUGGCGAUUGACGCUCAUGCCACGGCCACCACGGGAGAAGGUGGGGGGGGGGGUGGUCCCAUCUCGUGUCACCUCCACGCGGCUUACCAGCGGCGUGACUCUCGCGUCCCGCUCAACGUGGGCGACGCGUCUUCGAGGUCUCAUUUCACGUUUUGCUUCUUUUUUGUGUUGUUGUGCAUCGUUGUUGUCACUUAAAAAAAAUGCCACAAUUCGUGCUUAACCCCGUUCUGGUGAAGGACGAGCAAAGGGUUAUAAAUUGGAAUCCUCACUUAACCCCUUCCCUAUUAUCAGGUAUAUACAGAUGCCAUCACCGCGAGGCCCAAUCGGGGCUGUGGUUAUAGCUUUGUUAACGUCCCCCUCACAUUGCAUCCACGCGUUUAUAUCGCAAACCCCCGAUAAACCACGCGAGACACACUUCUUUCAAUCACAUUAAAAUUGCAUUUACAAAUAUAUUUCUGUAACCGUCUAUGUUCCUUAUAUAUAGAACGCCUAUACACAAAGUCUACCAAUCACUUGCUUGCUUAAUUUGUUGGGUAACAAUGGUGUAUAGUAAUAUAUAUAUAAAAAGUGUUUGAAUAGUAUUCCGAUGGAUAACUAAUUAUAAUACGACGGUAAAGUAGUUUUUACUUUAAUAUCAGUUUGAUAGAUCAAAUAUGGGCACUUAAAUAAAAACAUUUUCAGAGAAAGUACUGAAUAUGGUAUUCGUGGACUGUCUGGUGUCGUCACGAUGUGCCUGCAUUGUGUGUAGGUUGCCAGCCAUUGGCACGUCUCAAAUUGAUUCCCAAAUCGCUGUCAAGGUCGUUUCACCGACAGCCGCCACUGCUGGCCGAUUGCGUGCUCGGUGGCCUGGUGCAUGGAUUGUAAUCGGCGAGUGUUUGAACGGUAUUCCAAUAUUUAUCCCUUAAAAUAAUGAAGGUAAACACAUUCUAUUUUAUUAUAACCGAACUUUCAUCGUCAAAUAUGUAUCCCUGCACAUGUAUUCAGUGGCAACUAAAGACCGUAUUCCUUACCUGUCUACUCUAAGUCAAUGGCAUCUCAUUAAUGCGGGUUUCUGAAACGACAACAAAAAAAUCACCGUCGCAGAGGAAAAUCGCGAACAUCCACGCGGGCGCGAGCUUCCAGGCUCGAUCCGUCCUGCGCAUCAAGCAGCCCCUACGCACGGAUGUCGCUAGUGCAGUCAGACCAGCAGAUUUACUAUUUUACUGAACGGUGAAUAAAACAACGAAA